GCAUUCGGCGUCGGUGGGAGGGUUGGACGGCACCGGUUGAGGCUCUAGUUACGGUCCAGCCGCACCGAUCCAACUUUGGGGCCAAGAAAUUUGGAAAGCGCUCUUUUUUCACGACGCGUUUUUCGCCGGAUCCUUCGCCGUCGCUCUUUGGAUUGACGCGCUCAUGGUGGCGAAUGGUGCCUCGAGGACAGAUCCGGCACUGUGACGAGUAGGAUCGGUCUCCUUGACGUGCUUAUCACUUUAGGCUCCGAUUGACUCUUCCAUGAUGACUACCGUUGAACUGGAAAAUAGAUCCGGCGUCGUGCGAAAUCUGAUACAAAUAGAGCACCGAAGUGGCGCUAUGUUUCCUACUAUUACACAGCGGCCGUCGUUGUUCUACUGGCCAACCGUUGUUUCUACGAGGCAGUGGCCGUACCGCCGUGACUUGGAUCCGCGGCAUCCGAAGUUACAAAUAUCAGAGAUAAAAGAGUUGAGGAACAAUGCAUAUGAUAACUCUAGUAUCUACAAAACUAAAUUGAAAGCAGCUCAUGACAAGCAGAUCCUAAGAAAGAACUUUGAGCCAAAUCAAAAAGUGCAUCUUUAUGAUUCUCAUUUACAUCUCCAUCCAAGAAAGCUAAGAUCUAGAUGGACAGGUCCAUUUGUGGUGAAAUGAGUUUUUCUUAAUGUUGCGGUUGAGAUGGAGGAUCCAAUCGAUGGGAGAAUUUUUUGAGUUAAUGGAAUAUGGUUGAAGUAGUAUGUGGAGCAAUUAGACCAACCUGAGGAAAUCGUUCUUGUGACUCCAAUCUAUGAUACUUAAUCAGGUUCUAUCUUUCCAUAAUAUCAUUUUUUUUAUUUCUUUUCUUUUAUUUGUUUUUGCUUUUAUUUAGUAGCUUAUCUUUUAUUAGGUUAGGUUUCUAGGUUUCUUUCCAUAGCUAUUACUAUUGUAGGUUUACUUUUAUUUCUUUUAUUCUAUGCCAGUGAGGACACUGUCUCAUUUAGGUUGAGGGUGGUUGCACUGCAUGCACAUUUUAUGCACACUUUUCAUAUACAUUCUCUUCCAAAAAAGGAGAUAAAAAAAAAAAGGAACAACACCUUGCUUAUGCCUUUUACUUUGGUAAUUCUUGUGUCAAAGGGUUUAUUUAUGCUUUUCUACCUAGGUAUGAUUUCAAAAUUACUUGUUUAAGUCACUUUCUCUAUCUUGAUUAUUAAAGAGUAACUUCUAAAAACUUUUUGCACAGAAUACUAAGCUUUGUGGUUGGAUGGAUGUUCAAUAUGUAUAGCCAAGAGAAUUAUCAGGUUUAAGUGCACUGUUUUUUUAUACUCACACAUCUUUAGUGAGUGAGUGGAGAGUUGAGUAAACAACUUAUGAACUUUCAUUGCUUAGUUGAAUUGGUUAGUUGCUAUUUAUAAGGUCACUACUCAUUUGGAGGAAUUGUUGAAUGAUUAGAUGAAGGAAAAAAGAAACAGGACAAGAAAAGAAAGAAAAAAAAUAAGAGAAAGAGAGCUAUUGUUACGCAAUGUGAAGCCUUCGGAAUAGUUCAUGUGAUAUUAAUUAUGUGAGAAA